AUGUGCAAAAACUUGGGAGUGAUAUCUUUAGCCUAUGUCGCUAUAUUUAUGUUAACUUUGGUGCAUUGUGAAGAUGUAUCGAAUAUUAACUUGGAUUAUCAAAGCAAAGAUGUUAAUGUCGGCCGUACAUUCGGACAUAAUGCUUUGAAGCGACUCUCCUUCAUCUUCUUGCCAGUGAUGUUCACAUUGGGAGUAAUCUCAACACUUCUAAUGGCUUUGGCUAUCAUAUCCGUAAAGAAUCUCGCAAUUGGAGUCAUCCUGCUUAUUGUGUCAGUUAGCCAGGCCGUAUCAAGGUUAUUUUCUGCUGGAGUAGCUCCUGCCCCUCUCGUGUUCCAUCCCCGAGCUGAAAUUCUACCCGCACCAGCGAUUCCUGCACCUUGGCCUGCAUCUGGACCACUACUUUCACCUUGGGGCAGAUCUGACGAUGCACCUAUAUCUGAUUAA